AUGGGUUUCGGGGAAGACAAUUGGGGUCAAGUACGAAAAGAUUUGGUCGAUGAGCUCUACAUGAAUGAUGCUAUCUACAUGAAUAUCCACAAAGUGCGAGAUACACUUGACAAAUUGGAAAUGAGAAUUACGUGUUCGGUUACACCUGCCCCAUAUGAAAAUUGGAUGUCGUUUCCUAAUAUGGGUCAUUUUAUUGCCUUUAAAUAUGACAUCGUGAUCGUACUCUUAUCGUAUCUACAAUGUCUUACAUUUCUCCCACUCUCUAGUGACCCUGUGCCAAAGGGGAAAAAACAAGAGCAUGGGAUAGCACUCGUUGAUGAAAAUCAUGUACAUCUUGUCUUGAAGAAGAAUUGUCCUAUUCCUCAUGUUGCAGAUCAUUGGAGGCGAUACCAUCAUCCUGGAGCGAGUGCUUGGAAAAUUGUUCAUAUGGAGUCUAAGAUUAUUGCUUUUAGAGAUGGUGGAUCGGUCGACGGUGGUGCAUCAUGUGGUGAAGCGGUCGACUGUGGUGCAUCCGGUGAUGAAGCGGUUGGUGGUGGUGCAUUCGAUGGUGGAGUAGUCGCCGACGGUGGUGCAGUAGGAGUGUUAUCAGCAAACAAAGCAGCAAUUCCCUCUAACCAGUGGCGGAGCCACCCUUUAGCAAGGCAAAAGAGCCCUUGCCAACCUCAUAACCACGACUUCCCUCUUACAAUCUUUGGCAACCAAGAUAGACGGUUUAAUAAAGUUUGGUUUAGCGGACAUAGUAACUGGUUGGAGUAUAGUGUAUCAAAAGAUGCAGCAUAUUGUUUAUGUUGUUAUCUUUUCAAACCAGAUAUUGGAGGUCAAUUGGGUGGUGAUCAUUUUGUUACUGAAGGGUUUAAAAAUUGGAAGAGAAAUGAUAAAUUAUCUAUUCAUGUAGAGGGUCCCAACAGUGCACAUAAUAUAGCUUGGGGAAAAUGUCAAGAUUUGAUGAAUCAAAAGCAACAUAUUGAGACGGUUGUUUGCAAACAGUCAAAUCAAGAAAAAGCUAGAUAUAAAAUCCGCUUAAAUACGUCAAUUGAGGUGGCCCGAUAUCUCUCAACACAAGGAUUGGCAUUUCGUGGUCACGAUGAAAUUGAAAGUUCCACUAAUCCAGGAAAUUUUAUUCAACUUGUAAAAUUGAGUAUCUCGAAAUUAAGAGGUCAAGGUUAUGAUGGAGCUAUGUUAAAUGUUGUUGGAUCAUCGUGUAAACGUCGUGAUUUGCUUAGAGAGAAGCAAUCUGAAAAAAUACUUGAAGCACUCGAUAUGGGAGAAAUUUCAACUGGGCGAGGUUUAAAUCAAGAAACGAAUCUUAAGCGAGCAGGUUGUGAUACACGUUGGAGCUCUCACUACAACACUUUGUUGAGCUUGAUCAAUAUGUUUGGUGCGGUGAUUGAUGUACUUGAACUUAUUGGUCGUGAUGCUUCAAUAUUGGCGAUCACAAAUGAGCUAUCUCAAGCACUUCAAAGAAAAGAUCAAGACAUUGUGAAUGCAAUGACAUUAGUUCAAGUGUCAAAGAUUCAAAUUCAAUCCUCGAAAGAAAGUGGGUGGAGUUAUUUACUUGAUGGUGUUACAACUUUUUGUGAGAAACACGGAGUUGAUAUUCCUCAAAUGGAUGCUAAAUAUGUUGCUCGAGGGCGAAGAAGACAGAAUGAAGAAGAAAUGACAAACCUACAUCAUUAUAAGAUUGAGACAUUUUACACUGUCUUGGAUAUGCAACUUGGAGAAUUAAAUGCUCGAUUUUCUGAUUCGACUAUGGAACUGCUUAUGUGUGUGUCUUGCCUUGAUCCAUCAAACUCAUUUUCCCAUUAUAGCGAGGAAAAACUACUUCGUCUUGUUGAUUUUUAUCCAGAAGACUUUACCGAGUUUGACAAAUGUAAGCUCAGUGAUCAAUUGGAUAAUUAUAUUGUUGAUAUGCGCCUAAGCAAGGAUUUUUUAGGACUGAAUGGUAUAAGUGAUCUUGCUCGCAUAAUGGUAGAGACUAGGAGAAAUAAGGUGUAUCCUUUGGUUUACUUGCUUUUGACAUUGGCAUUAACAUUGCCAGUUGCUACCGCUACUGUUGAGAAGGCAUUUUCAGCUAUAAAUAUCAUAAAGAAUGGAUUGCACAAUCGAAUGAAUGAUUAA